AUGGCCACAAUGAGCCACGCGAUCCGCUUCAUCGCCUCCAAAGGCAACAAGGCAACCUCGACCGGCUCGGUUUCUGUCGCCUGCCACGUCAAACCCGGUGCCUCGGCCAAGCGCGAAGGCAUCAGCUGCGUCACCGACGACGGCGUCGAACUGUGCGUGUCGGCGCAGGCGAAAGAAGGCGAGGCCAACAAGGCCGUUCAAAAGCUUAUUGCAGAGGUCCUCAAUGUGCCCAAAUCCGACGUGGAAAUUGCCAAGGGCAUGAGGUCGCGCGAGAAGACCGUCAUGGUGCACAACCUGGCCAAGAAUCGCAGUCCUGAGGAGCAUGUCGAAUCAAUUCGAAACGCUUUGAUUACAUCUAUUGAUACUUAA